AAACUAACAAAAACAAGCGUGUUGUGUUUGUUUAUGUUGUUGAUCUUUCAAGUUGAGGAGGAGUUCUAGGACUCUAGUCAGCGUGACUUUUAACGGUCCAUUUGACUGCAAUUGACGUUAUUCCUUUAAUUUUAAAAAGCUAUGUAAUACAAAUUUAGGACCAUGGCUAACGAAGCCCACCCCCUCCUUGUUCAAGCUAUCUAUUCAUUUCAAGGGAAAAAUAAUGAUGAGUUGUGCUUCAAAAAGGGUGACAUCAUUACUGUCACCCAGAAGGAAGAAGGAGGAUGGUGGGAGGGAACACUGGCUACAACAGACAAAACAGGCUGGUUUCCUUCUAACUAUGUUAAAGAAUACAAAUUACAGGAUACUAUGAGCAUCAGUAAAGGAUCCGGGACUGUGCAGAUGCCUGUCGAUUUAACAGCUCAGCAGAAAGCAUAUCGUAACUUGGUUUUGAGAGAUAUCAUUGAUUCUGAAAAGGCAAAUGUAGCUGAACUCCAGACUUUGGUUCAGAAUUUUUUACAUCCUCUAGAAAAUGCUGGAAUUUUACCCCGAGAAGAAUACCGUCAAUUGGUUAGCAACAUGGAUGAGAUACUGGCUGUUCAACAACAUUUACUUGCAGCCCUAGAAGAUUGUGCCACAAAAUUGUCUACAGAACAACGUGUUGGGCGUGUCUUUUUAACAAAUGCUCCUCGUAUGAAACAAGUUCACCAAACAUAUUGUGCAGCUCAUCCAAAAGCUGUUUGUGUCAUUGAUAAGUACAAGGAUGAAUUGAAUUCUUGGAUGGAAUCAGCCGGUGCAAGUAUUCCUGGUAUACUUGUGCUGACUACUGGUUUAAGCAAACCCUUUCGUCGAUUGGACAAAUAUGCAAGUAUGCUUCAAGAAUUGGAACGUCAUGUUGAAGAGAACCAUCCAGAUCGAGGUGAUACACAAAGAUCUGUCAGCAUUUUCAAGGACAUUGCUUCUGUGUGCUCGACUACAAGACGUCAAAAGGAGCUUGAACUCGAAGUUCUUACUGGUGGUGUGAGGGGCUGGGAAGGUGAAGAUCUGCAAAUACUUGGAGACAUUGUGCACAUGGGAUCUGUGGCAGUUGGUCCAGAUCAUCGUGAUAGGUACUUGGUUCUCUUCCCAACGACUUUGUUGAUGUUGAGUGUCAGCCAACGGAUGAGUGCCUUCAUAUAUGAGGGAAAGCUACCAUUGACUGGCAUUACAGUAAAUAAACUAGAAAAUACUGACAACUAUAAAAAUGCCUUUGAAAUUGUUGGUCCUCUCAUUGAGCGUAUUGUGGCUGUUUGCCAGACUCGAGAAGAUCAACAAAGUUGGGUUGACAUAUUGCGUCAACAAAUUCGUUGUGUUCUUCACAAAUCAUCAAGCCCCAAGUCACCAAUUCCUCCACCUCAUGGAAACCAACAUCAGUUGAUUGUGACAAGGAACAGCAGUAACAUCAGCAGACCAAGCAAUUUGAAUGUUAACCACAACAUCAACAACAUAAACAAUAAUCAUCUCAAUGCUGCAAGCAUAAACAACAUUAACAACAAUAAUUACAGCAGCAACUCCAGUGUAAAAAUUUGGACUGCAACAAACUUACGACCAGCUCCACCUGUCAGAAUCACUUCUACUUUGACCAGAGAUGAUAUAAGAAAGUCUACCCGAGGACCUCGUAAAAUUAAUGACAAGAGUUAUGAAGAAGAUGCAUUAGUUCUCCGAGUAAUUGAAUCAUAUUGCACAAGUGCAAAGACUCGGUCCACAAUCAGCUCAGCUCUUCUGGAGAGUCCAUCUGAAAAAGGAGUGUUGAGUUCCGUGGCCCUUCAAGCAGAUGAUAAAAAUGUGCUGGAUGCAGUCAACGCCUUGAAUCUGAAGGUAAACGACCUUCAGGGGCAGAUCAACACACUAAUGCAACAGCUCGACUAUGAGACCAGCGCCCGCCGUAGUCUGCAAAAUGUCAUUCAUGCCCACAUCACCUCUGCUCAAAGUAGCACUCAUUCCAGUCUGCCCCUUUUAGUAGACUGAAAGCGAUUUUCUUUCUUUCUUUUUUUUUUGGUCUGUUUGUUUUGUUUGCAAAUACUUUGCAGUUAAGGAAUCGAAGCUUAAGUGUUCAAGUUGAUGGAUGAGUCUUAUUUUGUGAGUGUUGUUUCUUAUACGUGGUAUGUGAAGCUUGUGUAGGCUUGUAUUGUGACACUAGUGAACUUGAGUGGUGGAGGCCAACUCAAAAGAGAUCCAUAUUUGGAAUGGACAGUCACACAUUAUAAAGCUCUAAUUUUAGCAUGUCAAUCAUCACUUAUCAAAUGGUAAUCUGAAGAAAAAAAAGGAAACUACAUAGUUUGCUAUGUUUGAGUUUAAACUGUCAUUUAACUGAACACUGUUCAUAUUUUGCUGGAUUGCCUUUUUGUCAACCUUGGCAGACAAAACUGGGAAGCAGCAAGAAAGUGAGGCCGAUUCAUGAAUUGCUGGUACCUGGCCUAACUUAUGUUGUGAUAGGAGAAUACCUGUACUCUGUACUUCCUCUUGAAUCAAUUUAUUCAUGACAUCAUAUUUCAACAGAAAUGGUUUCAUUUAUUGAAUGAACUUAAAAUGUGCAAGUGAUACAUGGAUGCCAAAUAUUUUUACAAUUUAACAACCAAGUAUAAUAUUUUCCUAGAGUA